ACCAAAACGAACAAUAAUAGACGACGAUCCAAGCGAUUGAACAACAACAAGACCAAUGACAGUGACAAGGAGAAUGCUCCACCCAAGCGGCCCAAAAAGGUCAAUUUCGAGGGAGGAAAAAGCAAUCCACAAGAGCAAGACGAACCCACCAAACCACCACCCGCCCAGGAGGCAGUCAAGGAGACUCCUAAGAGCUUUGAGGUCAAUGAACGGUACUUUGUAUCGCACUUUGAUGGCAAUUACUACCCUGUGCGAAUCAUUGGAGCUGGCAGCUCCGAUGGCCGCCGCUGUGUCCAGUAUGAGGAAUCCACCAUUGCAAAGGAAUUUCCCAUUGCGGAACUACUCCAAGAAACAGAGGAAAUAAAGAGUCAAUGGCUAUAUCGCAAAUCAUCAUCCUCCGCAUCGGUCUGCAGCGUUUCCAGCCGCAGCACCCGAUCCUCCGCCAAGUCACCCGCCCGCAUGAAGUACGGUCCCAACACCAACGUUACCCGAGCGAAGAAUUUGCACAAGGAACUCAAAAAGUAUGGGAUUGAAAAUUACAGUGGACGCUGGGUGGCGGAGCGGAACCGAAUCGUAUACUUUUGCAAAGACGACGAGACUCCGAAUCAUAUCAAGGAAAAGUUCCCUCGGGUGUCGAUCGGCAAAAUCCUCUACGACAAUCGAAUCUUAUGGGGGGAAAAGCUGCAGGCGAAUUCCAGAAUGCAGCCCAGAUCCCCCUUUGUCUUGCCACGAACAUGGCACGGAAGGAUGGUCGUGAACACGGCCAACACGGCCAAUCCCAACAUGAUCCAGUGGAAGCGCACACGCAACAGUAGCAACGAUUCAACGUGCUAAAUGCAAGCGAUUCUUUCUCCUUUGGCAACUCGAUUCCAUUCCAUUCCAAAUGCAAACAGCUAGCGUGGUGCUCUGUGGACUAGUAGUAUCCGUCUGGAUGCUCCCCAAGUUCUGCCAGCAACGCGAAUGGAUUGUCGGUCUCUAUCGAGCAACCAGAUGCUCGCUGCUGGUGAAAUUACUCUUCUCGUGUUCCGUCUUGGCAAAUCAUCAGGCUUUCUUCCCAUUGUGUUUCCGCUCUCUGUAUCGGUCUAUCAUGCUCUCAGUAUCUUCUUGGGUUGCACCGAUUUGUCUGAUCCUAUUGACACAAAUUGGGAUCCGAUACAACGCACAUUAUCUCUUAAUAGUAUUUAUAGAAGGAUUGAUUCAAUC